ACGCAUGCCCAGUGGUACUCUAGCGCAGGAUUGCGGCGCUAACUACCGCCGUUUCGCUCGUCUUCAACAACACACCGCACACACGGGUAGCCGAGCUAGUCAACUAGCUCAUCAUGGUGAAUGUAAAGAAGCGGAAAGGUCGAGUCGUUAUCGACUCUGACUCUGAAGACAGCGCUAGUGAUGAUAAUUUAGAUCAGGAGCUCCUGUCUCUGGCCACCAAGAGGAAGAGGGUGGACUCAGACGACCAGCAGGACGACCAGCAUGACGACCAGCAGGAUAACCAGCCAGUCAGCAAGCCUGCAGCCUCAUCAGACUCUGAGACAUCAGACAGUGAUGAUGAGUGGACCGCCGGUGGUCCUAAAGUAAAGAAGAAGGUCAAGCCAGGGAAACCGACGGCAACAGAAAAGAAGAGAGAGGCAGCGAAGAAGAGGGUUCAUAAAGAUGCAUCAUCCGGAAGUUCUGACGGAGACAGUUCUGCCGACAGCUCUGCCCCAGAGGAGGGUGAGGUGUCUGACUCCGAGAGCAACAGCUCUGCCUCCAGCUCAGACUCCUCGUCCGAGGACGAUGUGUUCAGGGAUGGCUACGGAGAGGACCUGAUGGGGGACGAGGAGGACAGGGCUCGGCUGGAGCAGAUGACGGAGAAGGAGAGGGAGCAGGAGCUCUUUAACAGGAUAGAGAAGAGGGAGGUGCUCAAGAGGAGAUUUGAAAUCAAAAAGAAGCUGAAAACAGCGAAGAAGAAGGAGAAAGAGGAAAAGAAAAAGAAACAUGAGGAAGAACAGAAGAAGAAAAGAGAGAAAUCGUCCGGCGCUCAUCACGAAGACAGAACUCAUCAGGACCAGCAAGUGGUUAUGUCUCACAACAAGGAGAGGAGGACUAAACGGGAUGAGAAGCUGGAUAAGAAGUCUCAGGCCAUGGAGGAACUGAAAGCAGAGCGGGAGAAGAAGAAGACCAGGACAGCGGAGCUCCUGGCGAAACGGCAGCCCCUGAAGACCAGCGAGGUUUACUCGGACGAUGAGGAGGAAGAGGAGGAGGAUGACGACAAAUCGUCCGUAAAGAGCGAUCGCAGUUCACACUCCUCAUCUUAUUCCGAAGACGACGAGAAGGAGGAUACGCCACCGAAGUCGCAGCCCGUUUCACUACCAGACGAGCUGAACCGUGUCCGUCUGUCCCGACACAAGCUGGAGCGCUGGUGCCACAUGCCCUUCUUCCAGAAGACCGUGAGCGGCUGCUUCGUACGGAUUGGCAUUGGGAACAGUAGUAGCAAACCGGUUUACAGGGUGGCUGAAAUAGUUGACGUGGUAGAGACGGCUAAAGUCUACCAGUUGGGAACGACCCGGACCAACAAAGGACUUCAGUUACGGCAUGGUGGUGACACCCGAGUCUUCAGACUGGAAUUUGUAUCCAAUCAGGAGUUCACAGAAAACGAGUUCAUGAAGUGGAAGGAGGCGAUGAUCAUAGCCAGUAUGCAGGUUCCCACUCUGGACGAGAUCAAUAAGAAGGAACAGGCCAUCAAAGAGGCUUGCAACUACAAAUUCAACGACAAAGACAUAGAAGACAUCGUAAAAGAGAAAGACAGAUUCCGAAAGGCGCCUUCCAACUAUGCAAUGAAGAAAACAUCACUACUCAAAGAUAAGGCCAUGGCAGAGGAGAGUGGAGAAGGAGACAAAGCCAAAGAGAUCCAGGACCAACUGAACGAGCUGGAGGAGAGGGCAGAGCAUCUGGACAGGCAGAGGACCAAAAACAUCUCUGCCAUCAGCUACAUCAACCAGAGAAAUCGGAGCUGGAACAUUGUGGAGUCUGAGAAGGCCCUAGUGGCUGAGGGACAGAAUGCCAAGUUGCAGAUGGACCCGUUCACUAGACGGCAGUGCAAACCAACCAUGGUGUCUAACGCCAGAGACCCUUCAGUCCAUGCAGCUAUCCUCCAACACCUCAAUGAGAAGUACGGAGAAGGGUCGGGCAAAGAGAUGGACUUGGAGUUUGAGAUGGGCAGGGGAGCGGGACAGGCUGCCCUGAAAGUCAUUGACCCUACUAAGAACACCAGCGACCUCUCAGAGGACCUAUUUAAAGUUCACGACUUUGACGUCAAGAUAGACCUACAGGUUCCCAAUGCAGAAGCCAAGUCUCUGUCAGUGAGCGCUAACACCCUGGCAGUGAAGGACGGUGCUCCGCGCAGGUCUCUCAACCUGGAGGACUACAAGAAGAGGAGGGGCUUGAUCUAAAGAACUACAGGAAGAGGAGGGGCUUGGUCUAAAGAACUACAGGAAGUAGAUGAGGGGCUUCAUCUUAUGAUCUAAUGGCCUAAAACCUCAUUCAGUCAGAACCACCUGCAUGUGUUGGUUGGCCAUUCACCCCAGGGUCCCUGUGUGUGUUUGAGGGAUGUGUGUGUGUGUUUGAGGGAUGUGUGUGUGUGUUUGAGGGAUGUGUGUUUGA